AUGUUUAUCUGUUUGCAUGCAUUUUCUGGGUCUAAUAUCCGUCUCCUCUAUCAAGAUUUUGGAUCUAUGGAAAGCUUUCAGAUGACAGACUGCGACGACGAGUGCUCUUUACUUGUCAUGACAGCUCUCACUUCGUUUUUCAGCUACUGUUGCUCCUCGCUGAUGAUGAUGCCUGCCUUGUCUUUCCCUUUUCGGCUAGUCAGCUUGGACCUCAGAGCACAGGAGAGAAAAAGGUACAGAGGCAUAGCCGCAACGACAUGCAGAGGCAGUGGGGAUUCCACCAAGGUACUUCAUUCGCCUCUUGAGUGUUCGCUUUCCUUGCGCAGCAGGAAGGGGGGCACUCUGGCUAUGUCGUCCCGAGCGUGGAAGGAGGACGUGAAAGCGGACUACGAGGAAGAGGAGCCUCGGCUUGCUAAAACUACACUGGAUAGGGCUCCCGGUGCUGUGGUGCAAGUCUGGAAGCGCAUGUUGGAAUCGUUAAACUGCAGUGGAGGAGAAGCGGAGCAGCGUCUUGACUUUCUCAAAUUCCAAUAAUCAGGAGCUGAUCUACUACUCUUUUAUUACGGUUUAUAGUCGUUCUAGUAUAAAAAAAAAAAAAUUUAUGAAAGCGAUUCGCGCACAGACACAGAGAUGCCUUCUUUCUGUUUGCAGCCCUAGACGACAUCAUGAAGAUGCACACCGGAUGGGCUUCUAUCUUAUCGUGUUGAUGAUCGUUAUACAGAAAGAGAAGUCGGGUUUAUUUUUCGUCGGUCUUUGUUUUGUUUUG